UCUCUCUCUCUCUCUCUCUCUCUGUCUCUAUCUAUUGUACAACUAUCGAUCUACAAGCUUGUAGAUUUCUUCCCCCCUUCAUUCUUUCUAUUUGUUGCUGUUGGCGAUUGCGCAUGCGUAUUAUAUUCAAUCUGAUCUAUCAUUCUACUUAUCAGAUCUGAGAGAGUGGGAUUUGUGUGUUGUAUUGAUUGGAGAAAAUGUUGACAAAGUUCGAGACGAAGAGUAAUAGGGUCAAGGGACUGAGUUUCCACACUAAGAGACCGUGGAUCCUCGCCAGUCUUCACAGUGGUGUGAUCCAGCUAUGGGAUUACCGGAUGGGGACACUCAUAGACAAAUUCGAUGAGCAUGAUGGGCCUGUUCGUGGCGUUCAUUUUCACAAUUCUCAGCCGCUAUUUGUAUCUGGAGGUGAUGAUUACAAGAUUAAGGUUUGGAACUACAAGUUGCAUAGGUGCCUGUUUACUCUCCUUGGACACCUGGAUUACAUCCGCACAGUGCAGUUUCACCACGAAUAUCCUUGGAUAGUGAGUUCGAGUGAUGAUCAGACCAUCAGAAUCUGGAACUGGCAGUCACGCACUUGUAUUUCUGUCCUGACUGGCCACAAUCAUUAUGUAAUGUGUGCAUCAUUCCAUCCUAAAGAAGACCUUGUUGCAUCGGCAUCUCUGGAUCAGACAGUUCGUGUUUGGGAUAUUGGUGCCCUGAGGAAGAAGACGGUGUCCCCUGCUGAUGACAUUCUGCGUUUGAGUCAGAUGAACACUGAUCUUUUUGGUGGGGUUGAUGCUGUUGUUAAGUAUGUAUUGGAAGGUCAUGACCGUGGAGUCAACUGGGCCGCAUUUCAUCCUACCUUGCCUCUAAUUGUCUCGGGUGCUGAUGACCGUCAAGUGAAACUUUGGCGGAUGAAUGACACGAAGGCUUGGGAAGUGGACACAUUAAGGGGGCACAUGAAUAAUGUAUCAUGUGUUAUGUUUCAUGCCAAGCAGGAUAUUAUUGUUUCCAACUCGGAGGACAAGAGCAUUCGUGUUUGGGAUGUAACAAAGCGAACUGGAGUCCAAACUUUCCGUCGUGAGCAUGAUAGAUUCUGGAUUCUUGCAUCUCAUCCUGAGAUGAAUCUGCUGGCAGCUGGUCAUGAUAGUGGUGUGAUUGUUUUUAAGUUGGAGAGAGAAAGGCCUGCUUUCUCACUUAGUGGUGAUUCUAUGUUCUAUGCUAAGGAUCGGUUUUUGCGGUAUUAUGAGUUUUCAACUCAGAGGGACACACAAGUGAUUCCAAUUCGGCGCCCGGGAUCUACCAGCCUAAAUCAAGGGCCAAAAACUCUUUCGUAUAGUCCUACAGAAAAUGCUGUUCUUAUAUGUUCUGAUAUCGAUGGUGGAUCUUAUGAGCUCUAUGUCAUACCAAAGGAUAGCAUUAGUAAGGGUGAUACUGUGCCAGAGGCAAGAAGAGGCAUGGGAGGAUCAGCUGUUUUUGUGGCUCGAAAUCGUUUUGCUGUGCUUGACAAAAGCAGCAACCAAGUUUUAGUGAAGAACCUCAAGAAUGAGAUUGUUAAGAAGAGUGGCCUUCCUAUUGCUGCUGAUGCUAUUUUCUAUGCAGGAACAGGUAACCUGCUUUGUAGGGCAGAGGAUAGAGUGGUUAUAUUUGACCUCCAGCAAAGGAUGGUUUUAGGUGAUCUUCAAACCCCUUUCGUCAAGUAUAUUGUCUGGUCCAAUGACAUGGAGAGCAUAGCCUUGCUCAGCAAGCAUGCAAUUGUUAUUGCUAGUAAGAAGCUGGUGCAUCAGUGCACCCUUCACGAAACGAUUCGUGUAAAGAGCGGAGCCUGGGAUGACAAUGGAGUUUUUAUCUAUACAACGAUGAAUCACAUCAAGUACUGCCUACCCAACGGAGAUAGUGGAAUAAUAAGGACCCUUGAUGUGCCAGUAUACAUAACAAAAGUGUCAGGAAAUAAGAUUUUUUGCUUGGAUCGAGAUGGUAAGAACAGGGUGAUUGUUAUUGAUGCAACAGAAUACAUUUUCAAGCUGUCAUUAAUUAAGAAGAAAUAUGACCAUGUUAUGAACAUGAUAAGGAACUCACAGCUCUGUGGGCAGGCAAUGAUUGCUUAUCUGCAGCAGAAGGGAUUCCCUGAAGUUGCUCUUCACUUUGUGAAAGAUGAGAGAACUCGUUUCAAUCUGGCUCUAGAAAGCGGCAACAUUCAAAUUGCGGUUGCUUCGGCUAAGGAAAUUGAUGAGAAGGAUCAUUGGUAUAGGUUGGGAGUUGAGGCUCUUCGCCAAGGUAAUGCUGGAAUUGUAGAGUAUGCCUACCAGAGGACAAAGAAUUUUGAGAGGUUAUCUUUCCUAUAUCUCAUAACUGGAAAUGUGGAAAAGCUGUCCAAAAUGCUUAAAAUUGCUGAAGUCAAGAAUGAUGUUAUGGGCCAGUUUCAUAAUGCUCUUUAUUUGGGUGAUGUUCCAGAGCGUAUUAAGAUUUUGGAGAAUGCUGGGCAUUUGCCACUUGCUUAUAUCACUGCUUCAGUCCAUGGGCUGCAGGAUGUUGCUGAACGGCUUGCAGCAGAGUUGGGAGAUAAUGUUCCCAUCUUGCCGGAGAGAAAGUUACCCUCCCUUUUGAUGCCUCCAGUGCCUGUUUUGUGUGGUGGAGAUUGGCCCCUCUUGAGAGUCACAAGAGGCAUUUUUGAGGGUGGGCUGGAUAAUAUUGGCAGGGGUGCCGCCGACGAAGAGGAUGAGACUGCUGAUGCUGAUUGGGGUGAAGAAUUGGAUAUGGCUGAUGUGGAUGCCUUACAAAAUGGUGAUAUCGGGGCAGUUUUGGAGGGUGGGGAAGUUCCUGAAGAAAACGAGGAAGAGGGAGGAUGGGACCUGGAGGAUUUGGAACUUCCUCCUGAGGCAGAUACUCCAAAGGUUUCUGCCAACUCCCGCUCAUCUGUCUUUGUGGCCCCAACUCCUGGCAUGCCCGUUAGCCAAAUUUGGACUCAGAGAUCUUCUCUUGCUGCUGAACAUGCGGCAGCUGGCAAUUUUGAAACUGCGAUGCGGUUGUUGAACCGGCAACUUGGAAUAAAAAACUUUGCUCCUCUGAGAUCCAUGUUUCUUGAUCUUUACACUGGCAGCCACACGUAUCUACGCGCAUUUUCAUCUGCUCCUGUGCUAUCAAUGGCAGUUGAACGGGGAUGGAGUGACUCUGCUAGCCCUAAUGUGAGGGGCCCACCAGCACUUGUUUUCAAUUUCUCUCAGUUGGAAGAGAAAUUGAAGGCAGGUUAUAAAGCUACAACUACUGGAAAAUUCACUGAGGCUCUUCGGCUGUUCCUCUCUAUUCUCCAUACUAUUCCUUUGAUUGUGGUUGAGUCAAGAAGGGAGGUUGAUGAAGUCAAGGAAUUGGUCAUUAUAGUUAAAGAAUACGUUUUGGGUCUUCAGAUGGAGCUCAAGAGAAGGGAACUUAAGGAUGAUCCAGUACGCCAGCAGGAGCUUGCAGCUUAUUUUACUCAUUGCAAUCUUCAACUGCCUCACUUGAGGCUAGCACUGUUAAACGCGAUGACUGUAUGUUACAAGGCCAAAAACCUUAGUACAGCUGCAAAUUUUGCCAGGCGGCUCCUGGAAACCAACCCUACCAUUGAGAACCAAGCAAAGACGGCAAGACAAGUGUUGCAGGCUGCUGAGAAGAAUAUGAGAGAUGCGUCUCAGCUGAACUAUGAUUUCAGAAAUCCAUUUGUGGUAUGUGGGGCAACAUAUGUUCCCAUCUAUCGUGGGCAGAAAGAUGCUUCAUGUUCAUAUUGCAGCUCCCGUUUUGUGCCAAGCCAGGAAGGGCAGCUCUGUACUGUUUGCGACCUUGCAGUAGUCGGGGCAGAUGCUUCAGGUUUGCUUUGUUCGCCUUCCCAGAUAAGAUGAUGAUUGAGCAGUUGAACCAGGAACAUUUAUAUUCGUCCUUUUGACAGCGGCAGCGUUCAUGUUGGUCCAUUCAUCACUGCAGGCAAAGGUAAGGAUAUUGAACAAGAAUUAAGUGCCCACUGAGUUGUUUGUGCCGCCAUGUCUUCCCCCUUUUGGCUCUCAUCCUUCCUUUCCCUUUAUUAUAGUUGAUUAUGAGUUUCAAUGUAAUAAACAACUUGAAAAUUUUGACCUUGGCUGUUCUCGUUAGUUGUUCAUAGACAAGAAUGGCCAAGGGCUCUUGUUGUUAUAUUUAGAUGGUGGUCAUAGGUAAGAAGGCUUAUAUGUUGGUUUAUGCAGAAGCCAGUUGGCAAAUUUGUUAUUUUCUUGGAUGAAAUUGUGGUUUUUAUUGGUUGGCAGUAUCCAAGAAUUGUUACCCCUAGUAGUUGUCAGGUAUUUGAUAUUCGGAAAUUUAUGAUGUACCUUUGGCAUCAUUUGCAUACUUUUUUUGGCA